AUGAAGUCUCGACAACCGACGAAGAAUUGCAUCAACAUGCACGACAUUGUUGCCCAGCCACUUGACGCGGUGGUGGGUGCCAUCAACGCUACUUUACGGCGGCCAGAGGAACUUGACGAUGCCGAGGUCCGCAGUAUUUUCGAGGAAACUUCGUUUAUUUUGCUACGGGCUGAAGAGGCGCUGAUGGCCUCUGAGGAAGCUGCAUUUCGUGCUCUCUUCACGCUUCUCAACAAGGGGUUUGCUCAUAGCGCCGAGUCAUUUGGCAAGGGCGUGGAGGUGUUUAGUUCCCAAGUCAUGCUGCUGGAAGUGUUGGAAAGCAUUUUUCAUCGUGCCGUCAAGCUCCAAGUCUUCCCGCUGCAGGGCGAAGCCGUUGCAGCGCUGCUUUACACCGUUGGAAACUUGUGUGAUGGUGAUGGCACUAAAGAUUCCUGUGGUCGCCUCUUUAUUGGUGGGCUGGCAAACAUCCUUGUCCACAUGUACAGCCAGGAUGUUGAAGAAGCACACCAGCACUUUGUCACGCAACGCGCUGCUGUAGGUGCGAUGAUUAAAUUGAUGAAGAGGUCCCCACGGAAUAGGAAACUCAUCACUUCGUGGGACUUUUUGGCGAAUUGCUGUGCUUUGAGCGUCGACCCCUUCUUCCAAUUGCAGUGUAUUGAGUUGUUGUAUCGUGUUUCCCGCUCUAACAAAUCGAUAUUUAAGCAAAUGAAGAGUCGCCUUUCGACUGAGGUUAUAGAGAAACUCGCCUCCUUGACAAACAGUGCAACAUUGAUAUCUGAUAUGAUGGGCGUGCUUGCGGUCAUAAACCGUGACCGAGAGAGUCUUCUGGUGUUUCCUUUGGGAGCUUGUGAAGUGGCUGGUGUAGACUUAAACGGCUCGAUGACGUGCUACUUCGCACCGCACUAUUUUGUGCUUAUAUCCUCCGAUGCCGUUACGGAGAGUACCAUUCCUUAUUCAUCCAUUCGGUCCGCGAAGUUUGUGGAACCCAGCGGUGUCGCUAUCCGUGUUCACGAAUUUCCUGCAAGUUUGGUGGCAGGGUUAUCUAGAAAAACUCCAAAAGGCGAUACACUAACGCUCCGUGUGAGCAGGGAACAACUCCAACGAUUUAAGAGCUCGUCGAUUCAUUCAUGGAUUACCGCUGCUAUGAAAACUAGAGAAGGUGCACACCAGACCCCCGUUGGUGCACCCGGGGCCGGCAACAAUGAACGCUGGAGCUCUGGUGUGACUCCAGUGGCAUCGGACCAUCCCCAGGACGGCAGCGGUCGUAAGAGAUAUCGAGAAGAAUCCGUACAAUCAGCAGGAAGCGGUAAGCCUGGCACAACUUCCGACUUGAAAAAUGUUGGGUCUUCGGAGGGACCGACAAGCGGUAUCAUGAAACAUUCGGCUGAAGCGGUGAAGUUGAUGAGCGAGGUAUUCCCCCAGAAGGUAACUUCAAUUAUGUCUGAAUCGAUAAAUAAGAUCCAGGAAGCAGUCGACGGUGCACGUGUAACGACCGAUGGAUACCGCAGUCACGUCAAGUCGGCUGUCGAGGGGGCCAUUCAACUCGUGGAGGAUUCCCUUAUGGCAUCGCAUUCAAAGGCUGCGGCAGCGGUGGAGAAACUAAACCACGAGCUGCAGGAACGAAAAGCAACCGAUACCGCCUUUCAUCAGCGGAUCGCGUGCAUAGAGAUUGCCGCGCAGCAGGCCUUGGAGGAAAGUAGAGAGAGUGAGGUGAGGUCGCUCGAUUCGAUAAAAAAGGAAUUCGAGCAGCAUGCAGCGAAGUAUGCGGCAGCACUCGAUGAUGAACUUAUACGACUGUCGAACCCGGUGAGUACCCUUUUUAACAUUUUUAAUUCCGAGGGUAACCAAAGCAUUUGUUAG